AGAGAGCAUAGUUUAGAACAAACAUGUCGAAGUAGAAACGCAACAAAGAUCUCAGAAAACCCUAGUAAACUCAAAAACCUCCAUAGCAAAGAAGCAAAUUGCUGUAAGAUUUGUGAUAGAGAAGAUGGGAGAAUCGGAGGCAAAAUCAGAGACAACACUGAAAGAUCAGGGAAAUGAAUUCUUCAAAGCUGGAAACUAUCUUAAAGCGGCAGCUUUGUACACACAAGCAAUCAAGAAAGACCCAUCAAAUGCCACUCUUUACAGCAAUCGCGCUGCAGCAUUUUUGCAUCUGGUUAAACUUAGCAAAGCCCUUGCUGAUGCCGAAAUGACGAUCAAUCUGAAACCAGAGUGGGAAAAGGGUUAUUUCAGGAAAGGAUGCAUACUAGAGGCUAUGGAACGCUACGAUGAUGCCUUGGCUGCUUUCCAGAUUGCAUCAAAAUAUAAUCCACAAAGUUCGGAAGUAUCCAAGAAGAUGAAGACACUUACACAGCUGGCUAAAGAUAAGAAGCGAACUGAAGAACUGGAGAACAUGAGAUCCAAUGUUGACAUGGCAAAACAUUUUGAUGCAUUGAAAUCUGUACUGUCUGAAAAAUAUGGAGCUGAAGAUGGCUGGAAAGAGUUUUUCUCUUUCCUUGUUGAAACAGUAGAGAAUGCUGUUAAGUCAUGGCAUGAAACUUCAAAAGUGGAUCCUAGAGUUUACUUUCUUCUGAACAAGGAGAAGACAGACACGGAGAAGUAUGCUCCAGCUGUUAAUAUAGAUAAGGCUUUUGAGUCACCCCAUACGCACAGCAAUUGUUUUGCAUUUCUUCGACAAUAUGCUGAAGAUUCGUUCGCUCAAGCUUCCUGUUUAGUGACACCAAAAAGUAUCAUAUCUUAUCCACAGGUAUGGAAAGGUCAAGGAUCAAGAAAAUGGAAGCAUGGUCAAAAUGAUGGAAUUUUUGUCCAAUUUGAAUCUCCUUCAGUGCGGAGGUUGUGGUUUAUCCCUAGCUCCACUGAGAAAGGCAAAACAUUAUGCAGGGAUCCGGUGCCUUUGGAUAUUGGUGCACAUGAAAUUCUUCCGCGUGUAUUCAAGCAAGUAUAGUUAAGAUAAUUGCAGUUCCAUAUCUUGGGUCGGCUCUUCGUGUUGGGGAGAAAUUGGGCCUGUUAUCUACGAGGAAAAGCAAGAACGGUCCAUCACAUCUUUGGUUUCAUCCGAUUUAAAUUUCCUUGCACUGAGGUCUAAAUUUUCAUUGGACUGGCGCAAUAUGGGCAAAACUGUCAAACUCUGCAGUUCUCUUAUAUUGGUGAGGUUAUGUUAGCUGUCAAGAUAUCAAAAUGUUUUGAAGUUUUCCUAUAGUAGAUCAGAAUUUCCUAGUGUCGCGUAACCUCUUGUGUAUUUUCAUUUUACUUUCACUUUGUUGUUGGCUGUUUGAUGCCGGUAGUGAGUUUCUUAGAUGUCAUUUUUUCAAUCGUUUUCAGAUUGAAACUCUUGUAAAUUUGCGCGGCUAGAAGCAAUGUUGCUGUUGUUACACCUUAACUUGAUUUCUCUCUCUCUGAAAGUACAUUGGAAUUUGUUUUACAAUGUAUCCAGCCCCUUUUUAACUUC